AUGUUCCUUCUUAAGCCCUUCAUGUACCAGGGCCGCGGACGAAGUCCUCGAACGCGAAGGCCCAAGAAACCCCCUGGAGACAACACGGUGCCUGACGAGAAGAGACCACGAACUGCUUUUUCAGGACCUCAGCUUGCGAGGUUAAAGCACGAAUUCGCAGAGAACCGCUACCUGACAGAAAGAAGACGUCAAAGCCUGGCCGCAGAGCUGGGCCUAGCUGAAGCCCAAAUUAAGAUCUGGUUCCAGAACAAACGAGCCAAGAUCAAGAAGGCUUCUGGUCAGAGGAACCUGGCUCUGCAGCUGAUGGCCCAGGGUCUGUAUAACCACUCCACAGUUCCUCUGACGAAGGAGGAGGAAGAAUUGGAGAUGAAAGCCAGGGAGAGGGAACAGCAAUUGAAUAGAGUGUAGAUUGGUUUUUGGGUUGGGUCUUGAUGAGUUCGAUUUUUGAGUAUAAUCAUCGGCACGAAUCUUGAGCGCUGACCUUCACCUGCGCAGAAGUGAUUUAUUGGGUCCCUUUUGUGGUAUGAAGUGAGGCGCGGGGCCGGGGGUAAAGCAGUGAUUGGCCCGCAGCGCAUCGCGUCAUAGUCGUCACUCGGGAUUGGUUCUUUGCUAAUAAAUCACUUCUGCGCAGGUGAAGGUCAGCGCUCAAGAUUCGUGCCGAUGAUUAUAGAUGGUCUUUCUUAUGUGUGACUGGAU